CCGAGUAACCACGUUCUGGAUUUAUAAACAUUUGUUUACAAACCCGCGACCCACUAUUGGGUCCGAGGGUUUAUAAAAAAAAUAAUAUUUAACAAUAGUUGCUAUUAUUUGGUACAAUGUGGGCCAGAUGAUGAAAUUUUAAUAAAUAAUUAAUUGCUUGUGUUUAAUUAAAAUAUAUAAGAUGAUUAAUUGGAGAUCAGUAUUUAUUGUAGCCUGUGUUGAGGCGCUUGUGUUCUCUGCUUAUUCUGUGAACGCUGACGGGUCCAGUGAAACUUAUAACGGUACCAGAAGCAGUAAUAGUAAUAAUCACAAUAAUAAUAAUAAUAACAACAAGGUGUCUAAGAGAGCUAAGCCUCUUGAUCCAGAAGACGACUAUUACUAUUAUGAUGACGUGGACGAGAGAAAUAAUCCAACAAACGACUCGCCAGUUGUACCACCGGGUUUUUUAAGUCCUUCUGUCAGAGAAUAUCUUGAUCUCGGUAAAUCUAUACCAGGUAGACCAGGAACCGACUUUCCAGUUCUGGGAAAAGUGCCUUACACAAAUUUUUACUGCGACGAUCAAGAGUAUCCCGGAUUUUUCGCGGACGUCGAGACGCGAUGCCAGGCUUGGCAUUAUUGUGACAUCGACGGGCGACAGGCGACAUUUUUGUGUCCCAAUGGAACCCAAUUUAGCCAAGCUGUGCUGGUGUGCGACUGGUGGUUCAACGUCAGAUGUGAACUUAGCCCUAAGUUGUAUGCAAUAAACGCUAGAUUGUACCAGAAACCUACAGAAAGUCCAACGCGACCUCACCGACUCAUUACCAAGGAAUUAUUGGAAAAUAUUUUCGCUCGCCGGAAAUGAAAAUCCUAGCCUAUUCCCCAGCUUCUCUUUAUCUCUCGCUCUUCGUCAUUUUACAUCACCAUAAAUUAUUUUAUUAAAAAUGAAAUGAAAUAAAAUAAAGCAAAAGUUUAAAAUUUAUCGAACGAAUCACAACGCAGCGAAAAGAUUCUUACGCUUUAUACUUAACACUUUUGUUAGAAUUUUAUUUCUAUUUCAAGUUUUUCUUAUUAUAUCUUUGGAACCUUUUACUUGGAUUUUCUUUGAGUUAAAAAAUGUUACUAUUUUUCUCAACCCAUCGUAUUUUCCCAGCAGAAAGGAGAAGAAAGAAAAUAAUAGCAACACUACACACCCUGACUACAACUAGUACACUGAAAAUUUCCGAUACCUGUAUAAACAUAUAUAUAAAUAUAUAUAUAUAACUAAGGCAACCAAUCGGUGCACGUGUUUUUUUACUGAGAACCUAAGCACUGUGGAAUUUUAGUGAAGCCGUAAGGCCACAGCCAUUGAGACUUGAGAAGAAAUGCUGUCGAAUGAAAAAAAAAAAAAAAAAAAAAAUU